AUACGCCUUGAAUUCGCCUUGGAUUACAGAUGAUGUGGCGAGCAGUGACUACAGCGAAUUUUCACAUAUUUUAUUUCGAAAUUUUGUCGAUUUUAUAGAAGAAAGUAAAAAGAUUUUAUUCGCACGCUAUAUAUUAAGGUGAUGCGGGAUUAAUACGUAUCAAUAAUUGCGGAAAACAUAAAAAGAGCGUUUACACGGGGAACAAUGCAAAAUGUUUGGCUGGCAGAACUCUCCGACAAUGAAAUCUGCGCUCGUGUUAUUGGGUAUCUGCUACGUUUUCUUGCCUGAGACUUGUUCGGCAGAGGGUCUUUCUGAUUUGAGGCUUUGUGCUGAUCCAGAAUGUCAUGAUAUCAUAUCGCUGGGUAGUGGAAAGAUUAAUUAUUCCGCGGGUGAAAAGGGAAUAGUGUCUUUUAAAAUGCAUUCAAAAAUACGCGUAAAGUCAAAGAGUGCUGGUAAAAACAAAAAACUAUGGGGUAUUGAAGUGAAUGGACGUGAAGGUUACGCCCCGAAGGAAUUUAUUUUAGAAGAAAAGGUGUUGGUGAAAGAAAGUGAUUUGAAAUAUAUUGUACCAGUUACAAUACCUGGUUCCAAAAAAACAAUGUCCACUGUAUCGCCAUCACCAACUGUAGACCUCAAACCAUCAGAGAAAUUAUAUUUGCCGAAGGAUGAGGUGGAAAUAAGUACUACGGCACCAUUAAAUCAGCCAUUAAAUGAAGAAAAACUUAUAUCAGUUAAUGAGUCGGAUUCUAGCAUAAGUAAAGUGGAAAUAUCGUAUUCAACGCCAGUUCAACCCUCAGUAGAACUAGUCGACGGUACAACAAUUCCGGUGUUAGAAGAUGUAAUCGCAAAUGCCACAAAUUUGCCAAGCACCAGCGACGAAGACACUUUAACACAGGAACUUUUACUCCUAAACGAAACUACAAACAGAAAAAACGAAAAUGCAGUGGCCGACACAGAGCAGAUAACAUCAAAACAAUUAGUUGAACCGGUAAACCAAAAAAAUUUCCCAAAAAAGCAUGAAGCUGAAGGUUUGAAGAUCAAACCUUUGGACAAGCCUUCCGAUGCUGAUGGUAAUGAUGAAAAUAAGGACGAUGAAGAAGAUGACGACGACGAAAAAGAAGGUGAUGAUGAGAAGGACGACAAUCAGAUGACAAGUGACGAUUUUAAUCAACUUGAAAACAAAAUCGAGUCGCCGAUAAUAGAAGAAGAUAAAAUGAUAAGUUCCUCAGAAGCUAAUGAAGUAAAUAUUAUUAGUUCUAACAACAGAGAAACACCAUUGGGGCACAAAUUGGAUGAAAAUUCUUCAGACAACAAUAACAAAGAAAAUUCAUUACCCGAAGACAUAGUUCAGGCCAGUACAGAAAUUCCACUUUCCCCACCCAAUAACGAAACUGAUGAAAAAGGGUUGCAAACUAAUGAAAGGGAAAGUAGUUCUGCAAGUAAUAUCAAAGAAACGGAGGAUUUGCCACGAGAUGUCAAGACCAAUCCCGAAAAUAACGUUGAACAGCUGCCGAAACAUAAAAUAAAUGAAAUUUCGAACGAAAUCAUUGAAGUCAAUGCUGGAGCUACAACUGAGGCUUCAGGUACCGACACCAAUUACCUGAAUCAUGGUUAUCCGAGCGAAGAAUCAUUUGAUUCAACAACUUUACCCACAGUAUUAUUGCCACAUGCGCAGUCACCUGAAACGCAAGUUUCGGGUGCACCUGAAACGUUGGCAAUAAACAAUUUAAAAGUGGAUUUGGCUGAUAUAAACGAAGAAGUUUUAGAAACAGUUCCUCACGAAUUUAGCAAAGUUCCUAAAACAACACCAGAAAAUAUUUCAGAAAAGAAAGUGUCGAUGAAUUCAAUUCGUUCUAAUAAUACAACGCAGUCAUCUAUAACACAGUCAUCAGAGGUAGCAUCUGAAGAGAAAGACGAUGGAAAAAUAUCUGGUAGUGAGCAAAUUAUUCCUACCUUACCAUUGUUCCAAACGCCUAUGCAGAAUGGGCACUUAAAUCAACAUCAGCAACAAUAUCAUCACGACCCGUAUCAACAUAUGCAAAAACACCAACAUUCAAAUACGCAACCACAGGACCAUACACAGCAAAAUGGUAUAACUGAAGCAUCACAAUUAACCAUAACCGAAAAGACUGAGGUGAAGACUGAGGCAUCGCCAAUUCAACACUCGGAUAGCAACGACCUACCACACGCAUUGAUUCCUAACGAGGCAGUUGAGAAAUACCAGUCACAAACUGUGGAUUAUUCAGAUGCACUAGUAAGCGAGGAGACCCAAUCAGACAAAUAUGAAGAUCCGAUGUUCGCAACAAACGAUGGAGAUAUUCAAAACGACAACGAUGUUGGCGUUGGCUCAGUACAGAAAAUAACAUCUCAUUCAACAUCUGCACCCCCAGUUGUUGAAUCUAUCCCAGCGACACCUCGUCCGGAUGUGGAGAUAAAAGAGAGAGAGCAAGGGCUGUUUGCUACGAUAGUAGGAACUGUCAACACUUUCUUGUCGAAUGACAAAAAAGGCGACAUGAGUGUGGAGGAUGAUGAGCUUCAACGUAUACUAUUCCCAGAACGGCUUGCAAGCAGUAAGAAAGCAAAAGAGAGUGAUGGCGAGUAUUGUGAAAAGCUUACACCAAACGAUUGCCCUUCACAUGUAAUUCGAGAAUUACACAAUGUGGCAGAGUCAUCUUCAAUAUCUGGCUGCCAACUGGAUUGGCGUAAUAUGUCAAUGGACAUGCUGCUGACAGUGGCUGGCAAUAAAAUGCUUGAAAUGAAAGAGCUGUUGGUCUGCUUAGCGACGGUGGCGGUUACGUGUCUAUUCUUUUUGUUUGUUUAUUACUGCUUCUGUAAUAGCAGCCGGGAAGGAGAAUUGCUAGCAAAGUUAAAUGCAUUGGAACGGAGUUUGUUAGCUACACACAAAGAAAAUGCAAUACUAAAAGAAGAUUUGAUGGGCACACGAAAUAAACUAUCAAGUAUUGAAGAUAAUUCCUUUGGCUCAAACGACAUGGUGAUUGCACUCAAGAAGGAGUUGGAGGAGGAGCUCUUGCAGAAACGGCAAUUGCUCGAACAAGUGGGAAACUUAGAAAAAGAAUUGGAAAAUGCCGCAGAAGCUGGACUGGAAUUAAAUAAAAUUGUUUCAGAGUUAUUAAGCAAUCAAACUGGCGAUGAAUCCAUUAUAAGUAGCGUAGAAGAAUUGCAAAAGCAACUAAAUGAACAGCAAAAAACAAUUCUGGAUAUAAACGCCAAUUUAGCUGAGAAGAGUAGAGAAAAUAGCGAGUUGCAGCUUAUGAUUGCCGAACAAAAUGCUCGUCUUAGUGGUGAGAUUGCAUCGCUGCAACAAGAUAACGACGAACUGGAAGUGGAAAAAAGUAAUUUACAAACCCGUCUGGAGGAGGUGAAGCGAGAAUUCGAGGAAGACAUAACUAAGGCACUUGAAAGCAAAAAUUUCGAGAUAAAACGGUUGCAAAGCGAAUUGGUAGAAUUGAGCAAUAAGCUUGAAACAGAAUAUACGAGGUAUCAAACAAGCUUGGCGAAAGUGGAGGCUUUGCAGGAGUGUCUGCGAACUGUGCGUAGAGAUCCCAAUGUGAACAUAACAAAAGUUAUUGAUGUGGCUAAUGUGCGCGCUGAAUUGAUAGACAUGCAAAAGAGGUACGAUACACUAAAAGAACGAUUGGAUACGGAAAUGGAUGGAAAAAAGCUGGCUGAGGAACAGUUACUGCUUGCGAGCAGUGAAAACGAAAAGAUUAAACAUGAAUUUCAUCAAUCGGAGAAGGAUAAACUGGAGGCCCAAACCCGUCUAGAAGUGCUGUCCACUUAUUUCAAAGAGAAGGAGACGCAGUUGCAAAAAGAACUAAGUCUGAAAGAAGCUAUGUGGCUGAAGCAACAAGGCGAAACCACCAGUACCGUGGAUCGUCUCACUACAAUGCAAGAGGAAAUUCAGGCAUUGAAAUCUCAAAACGAUGCUCUCCGCGCAGAAAUUGAAGCCCAACUGGCAGCACACAAAGCGCAAACUGGCACAUUAGAAAAUCGCGCUCAUGAAACAUGGUUGGCAGCGCGACAAUCAGAACGUCGUUAUGAAGAAGCCCGCGCCGAAGCUACAGCGUUGCGUCGGAAGCUCACAGCAUUGGCGGGUGUUGGUGGUGGUGCAACGGGUGAAGCAAAUUUUGAGAAAUUGGCGGGCCCUGAGUUGAAUAAUGCUCCUUCACCUAUACACAUGGAAUCACCCGGUUCACCGUUGUUAGGGCGCUUGCCACCACCACCGUUCCUGCCACCGCCAUUCAUGGGACCACCACCACCGUUUAUGGCUAUGCCUCCACCGUUUGUGCCACCCGGUGAAAUGCGUCCACCGCCAUUGGGACGCUUGAUGUCACCACCACCGGGCGCUGGCAGUGGCGGCAGUGGUGGUAGUGGACGUUUACUAUCACGACGUGGAGGUCGUUAUUCACCCAAUCGCAGUGGUUAUGAAGACUACGAUGAUGACGAGGAUGAGGAUGACUACGCAGAUGACGACGAGGAGGAAGAUGAUUUAGAGGAUGAAGAUGAAGAGGAACGUCUGCGUCAACGCCGCCGUCGUCGUGGAAGCGAUGUAAAUGGAAGUUGGCAUCGUGACGAUUCAUAUUCACCGCCACCGCGUGCCUAUCGCUCGCAAUCGCCAACAGAUAGCCGAUACAAUUACACCACUGAACGUGGUCUGAUGUCGACAUACGAUACCGAAACCGAUUUCGAACCAUCACCGAGAAAACCCGAACGUCGUGGUGUACGUGUCCCACGAACGGACAGCUACCGAGACUAUUCACCACCACCAAGUGCCUCGUCACCUUUGAAUGUGUCCUCCAAUAGCAAUACGGGCAAGAAACAUCCGUCGUCAGCAUUUAGCAAAGGUCAUAUGAGCUCCGGCUCAGAGAAGUCCUUCAAUGCACCGCCACAACGACAUGGCGGCAAGAAGAGCGGAAAAUCGGUGGUUUAAGUGUAUUGGGAACGAGUGGUUGCGUGGGUGCACUAUUAAAUAAUAAACCUACAUACAUACUAACAGAGGUGGCACUAAUUUACGAAUGUAGUUCAAAUACUUAAGUAAGGGAGACUAAUACAAUAAAUAAAACUAACGCAUAGUUUAUUUAAAAUUGUUAUACAUACAUAUACAUCCCUAACAGCUAAAACGAGAAUGAACAACAUUAGAAUAUGAACAAUUAACGCCAACAGCAAUAGCAAUAUCAAUGUCAGUGUAUACAAUAUUCCAGUGUUUUGCAUACAUUACUCGCACGUAAGCGACGUUUUAUUAACGAGAUUCUAUAUUCUGCCAAAUGUUAUCUAAUUCCCAGCAUUUCGCUGUUGCACUUAUUUUAAUUUCGAAAUCAGUAACGAAUGUAAAAUUUAAAUCCACUAAAUUAUUACAAACCUAAGUUGUUUUUUAUAUCGGUUUUUGUCAAUAAAACAAUAAAGUUUUUGUAUAAAUCUUUGCAAAAACUGGAGUAAAUGUUCAAAGAGGUGUGCAAUGUGCAACUGUAUGGCGUCAGCAAGCAGUUGUGGUGGUGUUAUGCAAGCUGUAAUCCCAGUUUGCUCACCAUUGGACUUCCGAAUGACGCUUAAGUAUAAAUAAAUGUUUCUUCUUUGUAUGUAAUUAGGUCUAUGUUGUAAUAUAUGUUUAUGAGAAUUCAAUUUUAGAAGGAGUCAUGUAUAAACAACAUCAUAAUAGGAGGAACUGAAUAUCAAAUUUAAUAUUAACGAAAAUAAAUAACUAAAUUCGUACAACUAUAUA